AUGGAGCUCCAGAUAGCGCGUAUUACAGAAGCGGUCGGUAGUCUGUUCUCCAAGCUGUUGGAUAAAGAGUCGAGCUUCAGGUUCUAUAUAUCCGUCUCUAACAGCUCUGAGAGCAUCAUCGAGGAUUACCAGAACGAAUUCCGCUUCCUGGUGGAAUUCAAGACCGCCAUGUUGAUCUAUAAGGCUGAAUUGGAGACGUGCUACACAGCUUUCAGGAGAGCCCAGGCGCGCCGAGACCGAUCGGCGCAGUGUCAGCCGAGACCCUCUCCUGUCGACCUCGCUCGAAAGCUGGCCUGGAACCCUGGCGCGGGCUACGAGCCGAUCGUCGUUACUUGGGAGACCCUGGACAAGGAGGCACCAAAGCAAGGGCGAGGCUUCCGACCCUGGACGAAAAUCAACCUGUGGGCUAUCCAUCAGCUCGAGAAGGUAAAGCUCGAGACCGUUGUCUGA